AUGGCCUCGUCGUCUUCUGCCACCGUCACAAAGCCGCCCAAGCCGGCUGCCAGGGACGACGCCGGCUCCAAGCACGACUUCUUCUGGACGUAUACCGAGGAGCCCCAUCGGACGCGCCGCCUCGCCAUCAUCAAGGCCCAUCCCGAGAUCACAAAGCUCUGCGGCCCCGAGCCUCUGACAAAGUAUGUCGUCGCCGGCGUCGUCGCCCUCCAGGUGUUGCUCGCCUGGGCUCUCCACGCCACCCCCUUCUGGUCCCUCAAGUUCUGGGCCGUCGCCUACGUCUUCGGCGCCACCGCCAACCAGAACCUGUUCCUCGCCAUCCACGAGAUCUCGCACAACCUGGCGUUCAGGAGCCCGCUCGCCAACCGCCUGCUCGCCAUUGUCGCCAAUCUGCCCAUAGGCAUCCCCUACAGUGCUUCGUUCCGGCCCUACCACCUCACCCACCACAAGUCUCUCGGUGUCGACGGCCUCGACACGGAUCUUCCCACCGCCCUCGAGGCCUUUGUGCUCGACUCGAUCCUCGGAAAGGCCUUUUUCUGCACCUUUCAAAUCUUCUUCUACGCCAUCCGCCCCAUGGCCGUCUACCGCAUCCCCUUUACCUGGGUGCACUACCUCAACAUCCUCGUCCAGGUCUCGUUCGACCUUGCCCUCAUCCGCUUCGCCUCGCCCACCGCCUUCGCCUACCUCCUGCUCUCCUCCUUCCUCGCCGGUAGCCUCCAUCCUCUGGCCGGCCACUUCAUCGCCGAGCACUACGUGUACGAGACGGUCACCACGUCGCAGCGCGACCCGGACAACCGCAUCCCCGUCCCCGAGACCUUUUCCUACUACGGGCCCCUCAACUGGUUCACGUAUAAUGUCGGCCUUCACAACGAGCACCACGACUUCCCCGCCGUGCCCUGGACCCGCCUGCCCGCCGUCUACGAGGUGGCCAAGGAGUUUUACCAAGACCUGCCCCGCCACGAGAGCUGGUCCUACGCCAUCUGGCGCUUCAUAUGGGACGAAAACGUAGGCAUCAGCUGCCGCGUCAAACGCAAGAACGGCGGCCGCGUCGUUGGCGGCGCCGUCAACUGGAAGGAGUCGGAGAUUCAGGCCUAG